UCACCGAGUCUCCCGGUCUUUUCAGCAGACUUCAACAAAGCCCUGCUUGGGAGCUGAUGGAAGAACACAGGAAUGCCAUAGAAUCCCUAAGCGCGGGGAAAUAAGGUCGCUUAGAAACGUCUCUUUAACAAAGCUCCGUAUCCACCGCCUCUCUCGACUGCUCCCCAUCACGAGCAACUUCGCUGACCUACAGCAGUCCUUGGUAAAUGAGCUGAGACCAUCCACUCGCUGCACUCGAGAACCCGGUUGAAUAAGAGGCGGCUGAAGCCUGGAUUCCAACCCAUGAUCGUAGUCGUGGCAGCUCGGCACUCUCACCUACGAGCCGCCCGGCCCUCCUCCCUUCCCCAUCGCUGACACGGACUUGUCACCGCGUGCCAGCGCCCGCGUGCCAGCGCCGCGGUGGCGGGACGCCUCGGCCGCGAAUGGCGGGCGGCGUGCCGUGGCGCCGGCUGUGCCACUGGGGGCCGUGGCUGGUGCUGUCGGGCCUGGUGCUGUGCGGCCUCGUGACGCUGUUCGCCACGCUGCUCUGGGCCUGGCCCGUGCAUCGGAGCGCCGACGGUGGUGGCGGCGCCAUCGUCCACCUGGCGUUCCUGCUGCUGUGGGUGCCCACGCUGCUCACGCCGUACCUGCACGCGGUGUUCGCCGGCGCUGGGUUCGUGUCCCUCGGAUGGCGCCCCGAGCGAUCCGAGGAGGCUCGCCUUCUGCCGUACUGUGAGAAAUGCCAAUCCUUCAAACCACUCCGGUCUCACCACUGCCGGCAAUGUCAGAGGUGCGUGCUGAAGAUGGACCACCACUGCCCGUGGAUCAACGCGUGCGUCGGGCUGCGUAACCGCGCCUCCUUCGUGGCCUUCCUGCUGCUCACGCCGACCGCCGGCCUCCACUCUCUGUGCCUUCUCGGCAGCACGCUCUACCAGGAGUUCCUGGCGCCGGUUUUCUUGGUGCCUGCGGCGGGUGGCUCAAAUUCGACGUUGGCCGUUGAGGCCGUGGCGCGUUACCCCUUCGGCGUGCCGGCCUUCCUCGCCACGCUCAUCUCCUUCGUGGUGACGCUCACCGCCAUCCCUUUCAUGGUCCUCUUGGGGGUCAAUCAGCUCAAUGGACUGUUGAGAAACCGCACGUUUAUCGAGGCCAAGAUUGAAGCGAAGGCGGCCGAGCGGUUCGCGGGCGGCCGCCGCGACCGACUUCUCCGCUUCCCCUUUGACCUCGGCUCCGCCUGGAGGAAUCUCCAGCAGGAGCUGCCGCCCACGAGGUUGCGCGUGGACGGGCUGCGCUGGCCCACGGCAGCGGGCGCCGACCCCUACUGCGUCAACGAGGAGCACGCGGCUCAAAAGGAGGAGAGGACGUUGAGCUGCGUUCGGUACCGGGUGCUGGAGGGGUACACGGCCUCGGCGUGCCCCCUGGCCGAGGGUCCCGUCGUGUGCCUCGCCGCGCCCUUCACGGGGGAGCCACGCAUUGCCGUCGCGCCGGGGGAAGCGGUCGACGUGAGCAAGACGAUGCCACACUGGAUGUAUGGGGAAAAAAUAAGUCACGCCGAAAAUCAGGGAGGGCUGGCGCCCCAGCGCGGCUGGUUUCCCGAGCGAUGCGUGGACCUGCUCGCCGCGGUGCACUCGGCAAAUUGCAGCGAAGGCGCGGAAACGGAGCACCUCGGUUGGGCCGGCGGGGACGCGUCGGGCUCGGGCCUCGUUGGCUUCGGCCACUCCUUCCAGGCGGCCAAUCACGGCGCUCUGUGCCUCCCGCCGCUCUCAGAGCACCCACUGGGGUUCACCGCCGCUUUUGCGCAUCGCAAAAAAAUCAUUUGACGAUUUUGACCGCCUGCCACACGUAUUGGAUCCUGCCAUGGUAACAGGUUUUAAAAAAAAAAUGUAUAUAUUAGUUUUUUUUACAAUUGCAGAGCACUGGCCCAAAGGCCCAUCAGGUCAAACGAACAGCAACAAAUGGCACUAUUAAAGACUGUAAUGAUAAGCUGACGUUUUUCUGAAUUGAGCAAGGUCGUCGUGAGAACUUGGGGAAACAGAUUAUGGGAAAGAGGGAAUUCGAGUCGAGCAGUGUGAGGGAACAAGCUGAAAAAUAAGUGGCUGUGACCUGUCGUGUGGUGAGAGAAGUGUGGGUGAGGAGAGUCAGUCGGCACAACGGACUUGAGAGGUCGGCGGUUCGAUUCGAUCUACCGACGCAGCAGUUGAAACAAUGGUGCGAGUUUCUUUGAUUCCUCCAGUGCCUCCGUCCACCCGGCAGCGGAAACGGGUUCACCACGGUUAGUCGAUGGCAGAGGUCGCAACCGGGUACCCGAUACCCGUACCCUACCCGAUACCCAGCUACCCGUACCCGGCCGGGUGCGGGUAGCCGUUUGCGACCCUGGUGCGGCCGGGUACGGGUACGGAAUCAAAACCCGUUUGCGACCUCUGGUCGAUGGGCAGGUCACGUGCCUCAGCACCUUCCUAUACGCAUACUCGCCGCUGUUCUGUUUAAGCCCCCUCUCUUUAAGUGACGUAUCUACGGAAUUGUGUCAUAACAGUAUUUUUUAUACGUACAUACAGUGUAUUAAUAAAAUUGGUCUUCGUA